CAUAAAACUAAACAAAGCUACUUCGCAUUUCUUUAGGUUGUCUGCCGAUGAAGAAAAUUGAUUUUUCGAGUAGUUCAACGUGAAUCUGUAAAAAAAAUGAAAUCGCACCUUUUCGGGGAAUUAAGACGACUGAAAGAUUCUUUUUCCUUCAAUGGAAUUUAACGCUUAAAAGAGAAAAGAGGGAAAAUUCGACCUAUGACUUCUUGGCUUCUUUAAUAUUGGGAUAUACUCAACACAAGCCAAACACCGCAUUUGGGUGGAUUUUUUAUUCUUGGGGAAUUGCGGUUGAAUUUAGAACAAAAUAUGGAUUAUGAUAUUGAUACUAUUAUAGAAAAGCUUAUAAAAGUCCAGCAUGUGAAACCAGGCCGCCAAACUCAAUUGACGGAAGCAGAAAUUCGUUAUUUAUGUACGACUUCCCGCUCUUUAUUUCUUAAUCAGCCAAUGCUGUUGGAAUUGGAGGCUCCUUUAAAGGUUUGUGGUGAUAUCCAUGGUCAAUAUUCAGACUUGCUCCGACUAUUUGAGUACGGUGGAUUUCCUCCCGAUACAAAUUAUUUGUUCUUAGGUGACUACGUUGAUCGAGGAAAGCAAAGUCUCGAAGUUAUUUGCCUUUUAUUUGCUUUCAAGAUUAAGUAUCCCGAAAACUUCUUCCUUCUCCGUGGCAACCAUGAAUGUGCUAGUAUCAAUCGGAUUUAUGGCUUCUAUGACGAAUGCAAGCGUCGCUACAACAUUAAAAUAUGGAAAAUUUUUACCGAUUGCUUCAACUGCAUGCCCGUUGCUGCAAUUGUUGAUGAAAAAAUCUUUUGUAUGCAUGGUGGCCUUUCCCCAGAUUUAAAUGCUAUGGAGCAAAUUCAACGAAUUAUUCGUCCUACCGAUAUUCCCGAUACAGGCUUAUUGUGCGAUCUAUUAUGGUCGGAUCCUGAAAAAGAUGUCACAGGUUGGGGAGAUAAUGACAGAGGAGUUUCAUAUACAUUUGGUGCUGAUGUCGUAAAUCGGUUUUUACAAAAACACGACAUGGACCUAAUUUGUAGAGCGCAUCAAGUAGUUGAAGAUGGUUAUGAAUUUUUUGCUAAACGGUUACUUGUGACAAUUUUCAGCGCUCCCAACUAUUGUGGAGAGUUCGACAACGUUGGCGCUAUGAUGAGUGUCAAUGAAGAUUUACUUUGCAGUUUUCAGAUCUUAAAACCAGCUGAAAAGCGUGCUCGCAACCAUCCCUUAUCCGGCAAAGAACCGAAAUCUGUCAUGAGUGGCUUUAAAAAAUCGAAAAAUAACUAAGAAACUAUACAGGAGUUGAUCCUUUAUAAAGAUGUCUACAACAACGUGAGGAUUUUUUUUUUUAUACGUAUUUAGGGAAAUGGCAAUUUGACUUUGUGGUAAUUAUAAAAAAAGUAUUUCCUUUGGUUGUAUACUAGUACUGGGUUUGAAUUUUUACUUUGUGAAUAAGGGGUCUAUAAUUGUUAAAGCUUUUAGG